CGCGGCGCCGCGUGACGGAUGAGGAAGCGGCCGUUGCGCCUGCCCACAGGCGGCAGGCGGCCAAUGGGCGGAGGAGCUCUGCUGACGGGCGGCGGACGGGGCCAAUAGCGGCCCGGGGCGGGGUGAGUUUUGCAGGUUCUGCUGCCGAGCCUCAGUCUGCCGGGCCUGUUCUCGCUGUCGGUUUAUUUCCGUGCUGUCGGUGACGCUCACGGUGUCGUGCUUCGUUCUCCGCGUGUUGCAGAGCCGCGGGCCCGGCCAUGUCCCCGCUGCCGGAGGCGGAGCUGGUGCGCAGCUCGGUGCAGCUGUACCGGUACCUGCUGCGCUGCUGCCGCCGCCUGCCCGCGGGGCCCGUCCGGCAGCACUACCGCCACGCCAUCCGCCAGAGUUUCAAAGUCCAUGCUGAUGAAGAUGAUCCUGUGCGAAUCCAGCAGAUCAUUAAAAGAGCCAUUGAGGAUGCUGACUGGGUGAUGAAUAAAUAUAAAGACCAGAAGUAGAAGAGGAAGGAUGAAACCAGGGAAGACAUUGGUAAACAUCCUUAGAGGACUUGCAGUCAAGCGCAGUAUUAUAUUAGAAUUAUUGCCUGAAGUUUUGUGUUGGAUAAUAUAAAUACAAUAAUUUAUAUUUCACUGGGAUGUCAUGAAGCUAAAUUAAUAUUUCUGAAGAAAUUUAAUUUUGUAAAUUGCUUUGUAUAAUCACGUACUUCUAAGUUAAAUCCCAAGCUUGCCUAACAUUUGAGUAACUUAUUCCAUUAUACUGUUAGGCCUGGCUCAACGCUAGCAGUGUGUGAUAAGGCUUGUUGUGCAGGUUCUUUGGGGACAAGGUGCCCCUGCAUCACUCACCGUGGAUUUGGGGACUGAGCGUUUCAUCCUCUGUGUGUGGGACACUGGUUAUGGCUGGCACUCUGCUGGGUCACAUCGGCCUCUGCUGGGACAGUUGGUGUUAGAGUGCUGCCAGCUGAGUGGGGUCAGUGCCAGCUGAGUGGGGUCAGUGCCAGCUGAGUGGGGUCAGUGCCCACUGAGUGGGGUCAGUGCCCACUGAGUGGGGUCAGUGCCAGCUGAGUGGGGUCAGUGCCCAUUCCGCCGGGUCUGUGUCAUGUGCGAUGCUCUGCAGCUCAGAGGCAUCACCAGGCUUUGUAGCACAUAAUAAAUGUCCAUUA